GUGCGUGGAAGUACAAGCCAAACGAAUCAAUCUUUUGAACGAUUGGAGCAACGGCUUAUUAAACUGAACGAGAGUUCCCAUCACUCUGCUGUAGCCAGACCGGCUUCCGGUUACUGUUGCCGAGCAACUUCAUGCAACAAAUGAUCUGUGGGCUGUAAACCAAACGCAAGAGCAGCAUGUGUGCAGGCAGGACUGUGGAAGGUGCAGGAUGUAUAACCUGGUGGGGGUUCAGCCCUGCACUAGACCUACUCAGUGUAGGCUCAAGAAGACAGCAUGGGAAACUGAAUAUUUUACUGCUGGGCAGUGGAGACCCCAGGCACAUUUUCAAAACCAUUGCUGGCCUGAAAGACACAGACACUCUGCAUGUGUGGGUGGUAGAACACAGUAUGGAGAUAGUGGCUCGGCAGCUUUUGCUCCUGUCUCUGGCUCUCUCUCCCCAGCACAGUAUGGGGCUCCAAGAGAAGACCGAAGUGUUCUUGGAAGUGUUUGGGAACAGUGAGAUCCGCAGCCAGUCGGAGUGUAUACUAAAACAAACGGCGUCACAGCUCUCUUUGACUGUCACAGACACACUGAACACCUCCACCAACCCAUGCCUGGACACCACAAUGCUCAGGUUCAAGGACCGAGAUGAACUGGACAGGAUAUUCAAGCAAUGGAUCCACCCGCCCUCCUCUCAGUCCAUGUCAAAACUUUGGGACAGUCGUGUCCGGCACCACUUGGGCACGCGAUACGACUCAAAACUGGGGUGCUUUGACUGGGACCUCAGCAUGAAACUGCAUCAGAAGGGUUGUGGCGCUAUUAACAAACAGCAGUACGUCAGAUGGAGGGAAACAGGCGUGGCAUUUGAGAUGAGGGAGGGCCUUUACCAAACCACCAAUCACAGCCUGCUCUCUACGCGCAUAUUUAAUAAUAGGGGUGACAGACUAGGAAUUAGAGGGUACUGGGGAGACAUUGUGUCUAGCCCCUAUCUCUCCUUUGGUAUUGAAACAGACAACAAGGCUCUGCUCCAGACACAGAAUGGACAGCACACCAAGACUGCCCAGGAUAUCUCCUGUCACAAUGUUCAGGAGCUGUUCCAGGCUCUUGUCUGCAGGAGUGGCAUUCCCUCCUUUCAGCAAGGCAGCCAGGAAGGACAGGAGCAAGACCCCUCGGCCAAUCAUAGACCCUCAUCACCUCAGCCAGAGGCCAAUCAGAGAUUUACUGAUAAUGGGCUCUUGUGCUUGGAUGGAGUGAAUGUGACUUUUCUGCCUGUUGACUCACUGUCAAAACUGCCAAAAAAACAGAGAUUCUCCCACCUCUUUAACACUGUAUAUUGUUCAGCCAGCUUGGUUCACCAGCUGGGUCCCUCGCUGAGACAGGUUACAGCUCCUGAUGCUGUUCUUGUGGUGGAGCUAGCCGAGUACUUGCUGGACCUUUCGAAGGAGCAAAUUAAGGGAUUUGCGGAGAAGGUGGAUGACAUUGCCAGAGAGGCAGGGUUUGAGUCUGCAAAUGCAGGAAAGAGUGAUGUAUAUUCAACGUACACUCUACAAAAGGAGUGACAUCCCAUUUCUUUCCACUCCAUUGCACUCCUUUUCCAAUAUAAUAAUAAUAAUAAUAAUAAUAAUAAUGAUAACAAUAAUAACUUAGUAGUAGUAGUAGUAGUAAUUUGAUACCCUAAUCCAUAUCUUCCAGUUCCAUUCCAGAUAUCCAUACUGUAAUUAAACUGCGUGUGGAUGCAAAUGUCCGUAUUCUGCUUACUACUAUUGGCAUUAUUGGC